AAAAGCAGCGACGAGCCCCGCGCCGCGCGCGACCGCACCCACCACUCCACUACCCCCGCACGCUAUAACUGCAGCCCCCCGCGGAGGCGCGUGUAGCCGCCGACACCGCCGCGGGGUCGAGAAAGCCAUCACCAGCCAUGGCAAGCGGCGGCGAGGCGAAGGCCGCGGGCGCGGGGUACUACCAGUACCCUGGCUCGUACGGCGGCGGCGGCGGCCGGGGGUACGGCGCCGGGGACGACGAGCGGCGGUGGUGGCCGUGGCUCGUGCCCACCGUGCUCGUCGCCUGCAUCGCGGUCUUCGCCGCCGAGAUGUUCGUCAACGACUGCCCGCGCCACGGGAGCGCCCUCGGCGGCAGGGCCGGGUGCGUCGCGACCGGGUUCCUCCGACGGUUCGCCUUCCAGCCGCUCCGGGAGAACCCGCUACUCGGGCCAUCCUCCGCCACCUUGGAGAAGAUGGGAGCUCUUAAUUGGGCCAAAGUAGUUCAUGAGCACCAAGGAUGGCGCCUCAUUAGCUGUAUAUGGCUCCACGCUGGGCUAGUCCACCUGGUAGUCAACAUGCUAAGCUUGGUAUUCAUCGGAAUCCGACUUGAGCAACAAUUUGGGUUUGUUCGCAUUGGGGUCAUCUACUUGAUAUCUGGUUUUGGCGGCAGUGUGCUCUCUGCACUCUUCCUACGGAGUAAUUACAUCUCUGUUGGUGCCUCUGGGGCUUUGUUUGGCCUCCUUGGAUCUAUGCUUUCGGAGCUUAUUAUGAACUGGACAAUCUAUUCCAACAAGGCAGCGGCAAUCGUAACUCUACUUUUCAUAAUUGCAAUUAAUUUGGCCAUUGGGAUAUUACCCCAUGCUGAUAAUUUUGCCCACAUUGGUGGAUUUGCUUCUGGAUUUCUUCUUGGAUUUGUGCUGCUCGCAAGACCUCAAUUUGGUUGGAUGGAACGCAACGAGCUACCUCAGACUAAUCAAGCUCCAAAGUACAAAUUGUACCAGUACGUCUUGUGGGUUGCUGCACUCAUAUUGCUGGUAGUUGGAUUUGUGAUUAUCCUGGCAAUGCUCUUCAAGGGAAAGAAUGGGAACGACAGCUGCCACUGGUGCCAGUACCUGAACUGCGUACCAACGUCCAGAUGGAAGUGCAACACUUAGAUGGUUCAGUUUUCCAUCACCUCACGAUGCAAAACAUACGCCUCUUGUGGGAACCAUUUUUGUGCCAUCGUGUUUGUGGAUAGCAAGACCAGCGUGCACGUCUUGUGCCUGAGGUCUCUAUGGUUACGUGAAGUACAAAUGUUCCUGAAUUGUAACCUGAGCUUGUAACUGUGGAUUUCGCCGCAAUUCUUACAUUGAUUUCGCCAGCAUUAGCUGCUGACUGCUGAACAGUGUAAAACCAUUCUCACAAUCUGAUUGUCAGACAUUGGUUGUGUCUCUAAACUUUGAUAAUUGUUGAAGGACAACACACAAUCUAUUAAA